GUCGUUGUAGUGAGGCGGUGCCUUCAGCAGCGGAUUUCAUUGUGAAAAGGAGCAGCUUUUUUUUAUCCCAGCACUUUGGUCUAAUGGACACACUCUUUGUAAAUGCUUUUUAAGAAUAACCACUCUAGGAGAACGCACUCUGGCUACUCAGCAGGCCCUGGCCUUGAGUCUUAUCUGAAAGGAUUUAACUUCACUGGUGAGCCUCCUUGGCUUCUCUGCACCUGAGACACAGCAAACCAAAUUCCAUCUCUUUCGUAUCCAAUUUCUAAGUGACCAAUCAAAAGGACCUCUUGUGACCAUGAACACUCCCACCGAGUUUGAUUUCUCUUUCCUGGAGGAGGGUUUCUCUGCUCGGGAUAUUGUCGAGCAGACGAUUAAUGAGUCAUCCAUGACGGAUGACAGAGAUGCCUUCUACGUCUGCGACUUGGGCGACGUGUUAAAGAAGCACCUGCGCUGGGUGAGGGCACUGCCCCGUGUCUCUCCUUUCUACGCUGUCAAAUGCAACGACAGCCGGGCUGUGGUUAUGACUCUGGCAUCCCUGGGAACUGGCUUUGACUGUGCCAGCAAGACGGAGAUUCAGCUGGUUCAGUCUCUGGGUGUGGAUCCAAGCAGAAUCAUCUAUGCCAACCCCUGCAAGCAGGUUUCUCAGAUCAAGUAUGCGUCUGCCCAUGGUGUCCAGAUGAUGACUUUUGAUAGCGAGGUGGAACUGAUGAAAGUGGCCCGCUAUCAUGACAACGCCAAGUUGGUACUGCGCAUUGCCACAGAUGACUCAAAGGCAGUGUGUCGCCUCAGCGUGAAGUUUGGGGCGCCACUCAAAGCUUGUCGGGGUCUCCUCGAGCGGGCCAAGGAACUGGGUCUGGAUGUGAUUGGUGUGAGCUUCCAUGUCGGCAGCGGCUGCACUGACCCAGAGACCUACAUGCAGGCUAUCACUGAUGCCCGCUGCGUCUUCGAUAUGGGGGAUGAGCUGGGCUUCAACAUGGACCUGUUGGACAUCGGAGGUGGUUUCCCCGGCUCAGACGAUGCUGAACUCAAAUUUGAAGAGAUCACAGCCGUUAUCAAUCCAGCCCUGGACAAGUAUUUCCCUGCUGACUGUGGUGUGAGGAUCAUUGCUGAGCCAGGGCGCUUCUACGUGGCUUCUGCUUACACUCUGGUGGUCAACAUCAUUGCCAAGAAGGUCAUCAUAGACGAUGAAUCAGCCUCUGAUGAGGAAGAUGAAGGGACCAAUGAUAGGACCCUGAUGUACUACGUCAACGAUGGAGUGUACGGAUCCUUCAACUGUAUACUUUAUGACCACGCUCACUGUCUGCCAACAUUGCAUAAGAAGCCAAAGCCAGAUGAGGUCAUGUACCCCUGCAGUAUCUGGGGCCCAACAUGCGACGGCCUUGAUCGUAUUGUCGAGCAGUGCAGCCUGCCGGACAUGCAGGUGGGCGACUGGCUGGUUUUCGAGAACAUGGGCGCCUACACUGUGGCCGCCUCCUCCACCUUCAACGGCUUUCAGAGACCAGACAUGCAUUACGUCAUGUCCCGCCCCGCCUGGCAACAAGUGCAGCAGAUCUGUUCCCAGGGCCUGCCAGCUCCUGCGGAGGAGUCCUGCCUGUUUGAAGUGCCAGCCUGCUGUGGCAGAGAGAGCAACUUGGAGAUGCCCACUAAGCCCUGCCAGGCCCAUGUGGUUUAAACACAUUCUGUCUCACAGCAGUGUUUCCCAAAUCUAGCAUUUCUUGCCAUUUAAUUAUUGGAGAAGGUUCUUUACUUUUUUCUUCUUCUUCUCCCAAAAUGUACGUGAAAUUUCAAGGCCAGUUACUUGACAGGAGAAUGAGAGGAGCAUGUUGUCGCACACAUUUCAGUGUUCUGUAUGGAAGUUGGGGAUCAACCCUCGAUGACAUGAGGCUGAAUCACACUCUGAGUGUCUCUGUGGGUUCCAGGCGUACUGUUACAGGGCAGCUCUGUACAUGAAAUUGGUACUGAAGUCGUUCAGACCUGUAUAUACGGUGAACGACUGUAAGAACUGUGUUCAUGAAUAACCUAUUUGCGGAACUAGAAGACAACGGGGAGAGAAACAGUUGCUUUCCAAAUGAACUUCACUGAAGGUGAAUCCCAUCACCACAGGACUCACAACACUUGAAACUUGUAGCAAUAAGUCCAAGAGGUGAGGGGUUACUCAUACACUAUUAACUCAAUAUAAUAACAAAAUAAUCAUUCUAAUAAUUCUCUAGUUUACGUUCAUUGAACUGUUGCCCCCUCGAAGCCUUGUUAACAGCUGAUUUCACAGCCUUAGCUAGUAACUCGCAAAGAUUUGGUCGGAGGAGUGAUUUAAUUCCUCAACAAUGGCUGCUAUUUUUAUAUUUAUCUUUUUCCAUGAUCUCCACUUCUGUACAGAACUCCUCAAGUGUUAAUCAUCUAGAUUUGAACAUUUCCGUAAGCACCAUAUUCAAUAUCUUUUGACCUUUUCUCGAAGCAAUAGGAUAUCAAUGUGUUUGUGUUCAGUUAAUGGCUCCCAUGCAAAAGUUAAUAUGCAGUCCCACUCAGAAACUCGCAUUAAAUAAUAUAUACAUGCAUCAUACUAUGUAUGUCGAAACAUCACAGAGUAUUACCCUGUACUGAAAUGGCUUAAGCAUGUGAAACAAAGUUGGAUCCAAACACAAGACAUUUUUAGGUCUCUAUGUAAAGCAUGUGUUUUAUCUUAUUUGUUGUAGUCACUAGAACACUACAGAUGCCACCACAUCCCAAACAAAUCUUCAAGGUCAACACUUCUCCAUGGGGACUCAAAAAGCAGACUGCACCUCUCCUCUUCUCCUCCUUAUGUUAUGUUUAUUAUUUUCAUGUUUUGUAACCUGUAGAAAGCAAGAAGUCUGUUCAUGAUAUUAAUAAGAAACUGUGUUUAAUCAUACAUUCAAAAUGGAUACGAAAGAGACGGGAUUGCAAAUUCAUAAUGCUUUCCUAUGGAAACUUUUUGAAGUUUUGUAUUUUUUUAAUAAAUAAAACAUUAGGUGCAGAGCCGA